AUGGAUGAAUUUAAUGAAAGGAUGUCGAAGAUUGAAGAGAUAGACCCUCAUGUUAAAUCAUACCUCUAUGAUAUUGGCUAUCAUAGAUGGUCAAGAGUACAUGCAACGGUGAAUAGAACUUGGACUAUGACAUCAAACAUCGCAGAGUCGUUGAAUGCUGUAACAAAAUAUGCAAGAGAGCUGCCUAUAUUUGACCUAUUAGAGUAUAUGAGGACACUUCUUGAACGUAGGACGAAAGAGAAGUUGUUGAAGGCAAAGGGUACUUUCAUAUACCUUGGGUACAAAUUCAACAAAGAAUUGGAGAAAAACAGUACAUUAUCUCAGAAACUUAGGGUGAGGGCUUCAACAGAUCUUAUCUAUACUGUGAUAGAUGGUGUGAAGCGGUACAUUGUGUGUCUUGAAAACAAGAAAUGUACUUGUGGCCAGUUCCAACUUGAUGAACUUCCAUGUGUGUAUGCUUUGGCAGCUUUAAGGGACAGGAAUGAAGGAUAUGAAAAUUAUUGCUCGCCGUAUUACACAAGGGAGAGCCUACUCCGUACAUAUGAAAUACCAGUAAAUCCCCUUCCUGAUGAAAGCAAAUAG